UUCCGUAGAAUUGUGUCACUCUUCUGUUUUCCUUUUUUUUUAUUUCAAGACAACGUACAACCCACAAAGUACUCAAUCAGUCUCUUUCCCAACAUUACUAUAUCAUUCAAAAAAGUCUGAUAAGAUAAAAAAGAGUAAGGAAAAAAAAUGCCAAUUAAAUUUCACCUGAGGUAUCAGUCUGAAAAGUUCUAAUUAAAAUAGUUUAACUUGCAUCAUAGUCCAGUUUGCACGGAUUAUGGCACGACUGUAAUUUUCUCGCCCAGAAUUGAGAGAAAAUUUUCCCCUCAAUGAGAAAAUCUCCCGCCAAAAUGCAUUUCUUAUAAUAACACACCACCAACAACGCAUGCAUCCCUUCCUUGAAACACCAACAUUUAGCUCGAGAUCUCUGGCAAAGAUGCAGUUGCAGCAAAUCUUUUAGUCCUCAUCCGAACUUCAGAGAAAUCAGUUGAAUAAAUCAUCGAGAGUGAAUAGUGAAAAAGUGCAGUGAUAGGGAAAAGUGAAGUUUUUUUUUCUUGAAAUUUCGAAACAUCAUGGAUAUUCAUCGAGAUCAAUAUUUUUGAUAUUCUUCCUGGAAAAGAAAUUCAUAUUGGAAGUUUGAUUUUUGAAAAUUCAAGUUAGAAUUUUUAUAAAAAAAAAACGAAAAGCAAUUUUAAUUUGCCCUGCUUUUCCAUUUCAAAUCUUUGGUAAAUACCUCAAGAGGAGAAUUUCCACGAAAGCUCUUAUGGGAUUUUUUAGGAGGAUCAUUUUAAAACAGCUAAAAGGUAUCUUUUGAGAUCGGAUUUUCGGGAAGAUCAUAAAAAUGGAUGCCGAAACGGAAAUUUUUAUGAAUAACAACACAGACGACGAUAGAGAUUUCAACAGUAUCAGAGAAUUCUAUCGAGAUGCAGUGGUUUUUGUAACAGGUGGCACAGGUUUCCUUGGAAAGGUCCUAAUUGAGAAACUACUCUUCAGUUGUGAUGACAUUAGAGCCAUUUACGUACUUCUCAGAUCAAACCGUGGCCUCAGCAGUGAACAGCGUUUCAAAGAGUUCAUAAAAAAUCCCGUCUUUGAUCGCGUUCGCGCACGUGAUCCCCUUGCCCUUGACAAGAUGACCUGCAUUGCUGGAGAUAUCAAUGACGCUUCAUUUGGACUCGAUGACUCAAACAUGACAAAGGUGGUGGAGAAUGUUACUAUGGUCUUCCAUGUAGCAGCCACAGUGAAAUUCAAUGAGAGUCUUAGGGAUGCUGCUUGUCUCAACACACUGGGCACUCAGAGAAUGAUGGAUUUGUGUUGUAAAAUGAAGAAACUAAAGAGUGUGGUGCAUGUUUCAACGGCCUACAGUAACCCAGGCUUGAAAUACGUUGGAGAGACAGUGUACGCGACCAAAGGACCAUUAGAUAAGGAUACCUUCAUCAAGUGCAUCAAAGUUCUACCAAAAGAGAUAGUUGAUUCAUUUGCGGAUCGAUUGCAGGGAACUCAUCCCAACACCUAUACCCUGACCAAAUCAAUGGCUGAAGAAGUUGUCGCAGAGUACACAAACAAAAUUCCCGUUUGCAUAGUAAGGCCGUCAAUUGUUACAGGAUCCAUUAAAGAACCAUUCCCUGGCUGGGUGGACAAUGUCUACGGUAUCACUGGGAUUAUGAUGGAGAUUGGUCGUGGAACAAUUAGCAGCAUUAUGUGUGAUCAAAAAUGUAUAAUGGACCUCAUCCCAGUGGACAUUGUCAGCAAUACCCUCAUCACCGCAGCCUGGGCAAAUGUAUGCAAUUACAAGAAAAGCUCUAUCACCGUCUACAAUUGUACAUCGGGUCAGAUAAACCCUGUCAUAUGGUAUGAUUAUGGGAGAAUCACAGAAAAAUGGGCAUGCCGGAAUCCCACAAAAUACGUCAUGCUCUACCCGGGCUUCAGUUAUCGCACAAAUCGCCUAGUUCAUAAAAUUGUCGAAUUGUUUCUUCAUUUCCUGCCGGCGUACAUUUUCGAUCUGAUCCUUCGGGCUCAAGGCUCAAAACCCCUAAUGAUGAAGAUUGCCAAAAGAUUCCAGGCAGCAGCGAAUACAGGAGAGUUUUUUGCGAUGCACGAGUGGAUAUUCGACAAUGGUAACUUUCGACAAUUGAUGAGAACAGUUAAAGAAGCCAAGGAUGGACAAGAAUUUAAUUGUGACAUGACAAACAUGGACUGGGACUCUUACGUCGAAUCCUACAUGCUGGGUAUCAGGCAGUUUGUGCUAAAAGAUGGAUUGGAAAGCAUGAAAAAAGCAAGGAAAAAACUUAACCGACUCUACUGGCUUAAGCGUUUCUUCCAAUUUGGACUAGUAUAUCUGGUAUACAACUUUAUCCUGAAACCCAUUUUGUAUCGCAUUUGAUACGAGCAUUAUACCUUUCGACACUUCACCUGAAGCACGUGUAUGAUUGUGUUGCAAUAGCUUUAGAAAUAGUCAAUUUAGGCAAAGAAGUUUUGCAUUAUAGAGUUGUUUUCGGGCGCCAAUGAAAAAGAAAUUAGACAUGUAACGAAAUAAUUCAAGAAAAUAUUCCAUGAGAAAACGAGAUAGGGUAGAUUAAGUGACGAUAGGCAAUUUUCUCUGGUAGCAUUUAAGUCUUUUAAUUUGUUGAAAUCGCACAGAAUGUGAGCAAAGAGAAAAAGGAAAAUAUUGUAAUUGAGUUUUCAAAUAAAGCUUUCACAAACCCAAUGAUCCAA